AUGUCAACGCCAAUCGUCUUCGCUUCCGCACCCUCGCGCAGUCGCAGUCUGUUCGGUGACCAGGAGCAGGACGACAUGUCGAAGCUCCUUGGCCUCGCUCUCAACCAGCGCAAAAGCGCUCUCCCGUCUCGCGAGGUCGAAGGCUUGCGGAAGAUGCUCGGCGGCACAUCGCUCGGCGGCACCUCGCUCGGUGGAACGGGCCUCUCGAAGGACUGCGACUGUGGCGCCUGCCCAUACUGCCGCGGUGUGAUGGACGCCAGCUACGACAAGGCGCGCAGGAACCUCAGGCGCGAGGCACCAGUCGCCCCGCUGUCGGGCGCUGCGACUCCCUCGUCGUCGUAUCUUCGCCGCGCGGCCGUUCCCAGCAAGUUCACGACCGACGUCCGCCCGCUCGUCGUCAUUGCCAUCGACGGCGUCCUCGAUGCGCCGCUUCCUUACCACCUGCAAGGCGGCUACGACGACGUCCUGUCGCGACCGUACCUCAGGACGUUCUUCGACUACCUCCUCUCGCGCGAGUCGCCGUACUGCUUCUGCUUCUACUCGUCCCUCCCGCGCAAGCAGGCCUUGCGCACCCUGGAGGAGCUCAACCUCCCGACGGGUGGUCCCGAGCGCGACGAGCGAGACGGAUGCGUUGGACUUUUCGCCGCCGACGACACCCACCCCAACUUUGGCGGCAAGGGCAUCAAGGACCUCGAAGUCAUCUGGAAGGAGCUCGAGAAGGAGGAGGGCAUCCGCUGGGGCGUCGAGAACACCGUUGUCAUUACUUGCCGCGACGAGUUCCCUCUGCAGCCGUUCAACUACAUCCUCUGCCCCGAGACCGAGUACCUCUCGUCCGUCGCUCCCGCCGACGACAUUUUCCUCCUUCUCGCCAUUGCCUGCCUCAAGGACCUCGAAACGGAGUCCAACUUUGCCGCGCACAUCAAGGAGUUUGACUGGCACAAGCCGCAGAUCUGGUCGAGCCGCGACGAGCACUCGGUCAACGAGCGCAACUCGUACCUCCUCCUCGCCGUCCGCACCUGCGCCGUCCUUCGCAUCAACAUUAAAGCGUUCAGGGGCAACCUUCGCAAGUCGGGUUAG